CGCAUAUUGGAGGACAUGGUGGAUCAACCGACAAGCCAACUACUCAGGCCAAGCCCGGAAAGGUCCUCCACGAUCCAUCACGACUGUGUCACAUUAUCAUAACAACCAUCCAUGGUUGAUCUAAUCUGUGCCAAGCACAUUGACCGGGAUUGAUCCGUGAAAGCAUCACCAUGAAUAUCAUGCGCAAAUUCCUGUCCACGGGCUCGUCCCAAGGCAGUGUGACCUCGCCCACGGGAGGGGCUGAAGGUCAAGAAGGGGACGAAGGAGCUCUCUCUAUAGCCUCGGGCUCGGGGGAGGGCAGUGGCGUGGUUCCCACACUAUUGUCAGGCUCAGGAGGUUCGAGCUCCCAACGUCGGCCUCCAUCCGUCCCGAACCCGGAUCUCUUGGGAUUGACUCACUUAAAAAGAUUGUUUAGUGAUUACCAGAAUCCACCUCAUCCUUUGAAUGAACAAGAGAAGGAAGCUCGGAUGUAUCAAAUGCUCCCUCUCUUUUGCAAGGUCUUUGGUUCUGUCCCGUCUCGGACGGCAUGUGAGCGUUUUGGAGGUUUGGAACAGAUGACAGCUUUCGCUCAUGCUACCAGUCGGCUUUUAGUGGUCGAGGUUCGACGUCGGGCGAGCAAUCAAUCCACUGAAGAGGCCGCCGAGGCCAUAGCCGACUACAUGGAGGUUGUUACGAAUCCCUUGGCCGGAUUGGAGGAAGCUUCCAACGAGCCGAGUGAUGAUAACGGUUUGCUCGCAAAGACUAGUGGAUCCGGAUGGAUUCUUUUAUCAGCCUUGAAUGUCAUGAGCGCCGAUGGGGAUGGCUUGAAUGAAGUACUCACCACAGCCUCGGUUCCAUCCACCUUGGUCAAGUGCUUAUAUUUGUUCUUCGACCUCCCUCCCAUCAAAUCUACUGAGGUCACGAAACCAACGGAAGAUGUGGACACGCCCAAAACUGAGUUGGACCAAGGCACGAAAAAGGAAGACGAAAAAGAGUUCACGGCUAAAGAGCGACGCAUUUUGUUACAAAAAAUGCUUAUUGAGUUACUUCAACGUCUAUGCGGGUACGUUCCAGCCGUUGAGGAACUUGCCCGGAAAGAUGACUUGACUCUCCUCUUUUCGGCCGUGUCUUCAGUUUGCCCCCAUCACAAUGUCAUGUGGCGAAAAACAGCCGCCGAUAUCCUCCUCACCAUCUCCACCAAAAGUCUCAGCCAACCCGUCAUCUCAUAUCUUCACAACAAGGGAUGUAUCGCAUUGUGCAUGGAAAACAUGCAAAGAUCGACGGAUUUGACUCCCUUGGAGAUCGUGGAGAUGUUUGUCACCGUGUUUUGCUUCCUAAAAGAUUCGGCCAGUAACUCCCAAACCCUUCUCGAGGACUUCAGAACUUGUCAAGGAUACGUUUUUCUCUCAGAGUUUCUCCUGAAAUUAGAUCAAUGUUCUGAAUCAGACACAACGGACGCAGUCCGGAAUUUGGUGCUACUUGUGGCUUCGCUCUCGUUUUGUGGUCACACUGAGCUGACGUUGAAUCCGAUUGCCGCAAACGCCUCAUUGUAUGAAUUAGAGUCAUUCCAAAUGCCGGAACCGGACAACAAAGGCUCAACUGUGCGGAACAUACCGGCCUUCCAAGUUCUUCAAUCUGUGUUCCUGAAGGCUCAAUCUGCACAGAUGACCACCACGAUCUUGGGAGCUAUCAAUACCAUAUUCUCGGCAGAUUCGGCCAAUUACUUCCUAGUCGAACAUCUCCACCCGUUGUCUCAGUUUGCAGAGAAGAUCCACCUGAAGCCAACUCAAGCCCAAGAGAAAUUCUUCCAACUUGUAGAAUUUGUGGUUCAUCAGCUGAGAUUUGUGCCGUGCAAAGAACUGAUAUCAAUCUCUUUGUUGUUAAACAAGGCCCACAAUCAUGACAGCGCAUGCUCCAUAUUGGCCUUAAGGUCCUUACGAAGCAUAUUGAAAGUGGAUAUGACCUUCAAAGAUGUUUUCCGAGAAGUGGGCAUGGUUGAGGUCCUGAUCAGUCUGUUAGACGCUUACGCCGCGUUUUUGAGGCCUUCAUCAGAUACAACCAAUGAUGAUCAAAAUCAAGCGAGUCAAAACACUGGUCGAGAAUUGGAUCCAUCCAUGAUGACCAUGGGCGAUUUAAGCAUCACGGUCUUGAGCGAGAUUCUGGCCGGGUCCAACGCUAAUGCAGGAGUGUUCCGUGAAUCUGGAGGAGCUAAAAUCACGCUAGAUCUAGUCAAAAUCGAAGAGAGUCGAGAUUCUGCCUUGAGUUUAAUGCAGCAACUAGUGUUAGCUUGCUCCGGAUCUUCUUCCGGUAACGGUGACGAGGAUAUGACGUCUCUACUUGAGCUUCUUCACACAUCUGCCAAAACCGAAUUAGAGCUGAAAGCGGAUAUUCUGCAUACCAUUAUUUCUUGUCUCCGUGAGAGCCAUCGCACACGUGCAGUGUUUAGGCGAGUGGGUGGCUUUGUAUACGUGAUAUCGGUGCUGGUGUCGUUGGAGAGUUCGCUUUCCAAACAAUCCAACAAAUUUCCAGAUGAGAGGUCCGUUUUUGUCGUGCUUCGAGCCAUGUUUACCUGUCUGACAGUGGCCAUGCGGUACGAACCCGCUAACGCCAAAUACUUCCAAGUUGAGAUGAAUUGUGGGAGCAGUGUGGUGGAAACGAUCAAGCUCUUGGGGUGUUUCUCCCCUGAGAGUGAGCUGAAGCCGGAGAUGUAUCAACGUCCCAAUCCGGACUUCCACAACAUGUUUCAUCAAAUCUUCACCAGUGAUAUUGGCGAGUUCCAUCAACUCAAAUUCAAGCACGACAUUCCGAAAGAUUUGUUCUCGUGUUGUGUCUUGCUACGCAUGAUGUACGAUAUGGCCGUGGACAAUUACGACAAGAGCAAACGAUCCAACAGCACAAGUAUCAACCCAAAUUUGCCCAGUCAGAUCAAUAACGGGGAGGACAACUACCCAUCUCCAUCUAGAUCUUUGGACACCACCAGGUCCAUGAGAAAGAAAAUUCCAACAUUGAACUUGACGCCCAUUCCACCAGACCCAGUGAUUGUUCAUGCGGGUAUUGUGACCACGAUGCUUAAGAUCUUGCCCUCUUUGUAUUUCCCCGAGCAUGAAGCCAUGUCAGUGUGUCUCAUGGUGUACACGGCUGAAACCAUCAAAUCGCUUCUCCGGACCGAGAAAAAUCAACAGAUCAUGAGUGGCUGCCAUUUCUUAAGCGACAUCUUGACCAAUUGUCAAGUGGCUCUGGAAGAUGAUGCGCAUAUCCUCCAUAGCCCAUUCCAAUACCUUCUGGAACGGCUCUCGGCACAAUAUCUCGAACCCAAGGAUCUCAGAGAUUUUCUGCGUUUGGACAAUCCUUUGCGUUGUCUGAACGAUGAGGACAUCAUGCGCCUUUCUGCUGACGACGAGAACCUCCGCAACCCCGGCCGUUUCAUACCUCUGACUCGAAUCAAAACUUUGGUGUCCAUGACCACUCCACGGGAUAUUCAUACUCAAACGAAUUCGAUAUUGCCUCCAUUCGUGGAAUUCGAUAUGGCUCCCGAAGGCUUUGGAUGUUUGUACUUGCCCAGUGUGAGCCCUUGCAGUAGUCCUCAUAUGAGCAGUGCCUCUUCGUCAGUAGUGAGUGGAGUAGGCCAUCAUUUGAGCUCGACAUCACAAGAAGGGACAAUCAUCGGCGGAAUCGGACUUGGCGAUCGCGCUUUCCCGCCACAACCCGGACUUACAUUCGCCACUUGGGUUUGCAUUGACAAGUACAGCGAUCCACGGAGCGAUCCCCAUCCCGUUCGAUUACUGACUUUGGGUCGACGCAUCAAAGGCGGAAUUGGAUCGGCGAAGGACGAUGAUGAAAACAAUCAAGUGUGUUUGUCGAUUUGUCUGUCCGCCAGAGACAAGGCCCUGAUGAUCUCCACCCAAGAAGCAUCUUUGAACAAAUCGAUGGAUUGGCAACCAGAGUUCUCAGGGGACAGAGGUUGUCGGAUUUGGUUUCCCGACUUAAUCAAGGAAGGAGAAUGGCAUCAUAUUGUAGUGGUUCUCAAUCGACAAGUCUUGAAAAAUUCCUCAUUCUCUCUUUACGUCAAUGGACAACAUAUUGCAUCUCAGAAGAUGCAAUACAUCAAUCCCUUCCCGGGAGGAAUCACGGCGGCUAAUUCAACCAUGUUCAACUCCUGCUCAGUAUUUGCCUUUAUUGGCACGCCUCCACAUUGGCGUCGACAUUCCAGACUCAAUUGGAAGCAAGGCCCCUGCAUCUUGUACGAGGAUGUCACUUCCGCCAAUUUGGCAUUGCUGCUUUUCAAGUUAGGCCCGCAUUACCUGGGCUCCUUGCAGGCCCCGCAGGUGGCCACCACGGGUGAAGUGCUCACGUCUCAGGUCAACGAGGAGAGGAUCAUUUUUGGGCUGAAUGCCGUGGCAAUGUCCCAGAUGACCUUGGCUAAGAUCAAGAAGAUCUAUAGCAAGGUCGAUAACAAAGCUAUUGCCAAGCAACUGGGCAUGUCUUCGAAUGAAAAUGCCACUCCCAUUCGGAUCAUUCACAACUCUGCCGGUCAUCUUUUGGGUCCAGCACGAUCCUUGGGUGGAGUGAUCAUUGGCUACUUGGGAGUGCGUGUCUUCACCCCUCAACCCGUGUCCAAAGUCAUUGAGACCGUUGGGGGCUGCCACGUACUCCUUGGGAUCAUCGCCAUGGCCAGAGACAUGGAGAGUCUAUAUGCUGGAGUCAAGGCCCUCGUGUGCGUGUUGAAGAGCAAUCCCUUCUCUAGACUGCAAAUGGAGAAGGUCAGAGGCUACCAAACUCUGGCUAUGCUCUUGCGCAAGAAGAUUCCGAUGUUGAAUUCACAUAUCCUGUAUCUGAUGUUUACUAUGGCGGGUACAAUCGAUUCGAGUGAUUCCAGAGACGUCACUGGCAUACCCAACAUUCCAGCCUUCCGAGAUGUUCUAUGUGACUUGGAUGUGUGGCACGAGGCCCCCCAAGACCUGGAAAAGGCACUUUUUGAACACUUUUAUGAGCUCAUUGCUGACACAAGUAUGCAGCGUAACGGAUCAAAUAUCCGGACUCUCCGUGAGUUCUGCUUGGUAGAAAAGUUGUUGGCUAUCCUCAAAACUUCAGAGUGUUCCAAUGGCACCACUUUGGUUCUUCUCAACGUGAUCCACUCAUUGCUGUGUUCCAAUCCUCGGGUGACGGAUGUCCUUUGCUUCGCCCUUUUCACAGCGGCCACUCUCAAUCCGACGACCAACAUUGAAGAGAAGUCCGUAACUCUCGUCUCUGAUGGGACUGAGUACAGCGACAACGAGGAUGAGACUCCUGACUUGGCCAAGGUGAUCAUUCUCCGAAACCGUUGUCUAAAGUUGUUCUUCUCCCUCCUCUACACGGGAAACAAAAUUCAUCACAAGUAUUGCGAGGAUGUCGUGCAAGUCGUCGGAUUCGAUUGGGUUCAACUAUUUCUUCAGGGUCAUUUGCACUCCACCACUGUGAUUUGGGGUCUACGUAUCUUGAUGACUUUAUUAUCCAUUCCGUCAUUGUUGGAAAAGUUUCGUUGCGGUACUUGCAAUGGGCAUUGGUUGAUCAAAUCGGAGGUUGUACUUCAAAAUAAGAUGGUGCAAGCUUUGGGACAGAACUCCACCACCUCGAGUAAAGUGACACGUCGAGGAAUCCGUCAGGAUAUCUUCAAACUCCCUGGAUUCCAGUUGUUCAACUGGCUGAUGCCCAAUCACAUUGAGAUCCCAGAGACAUAUUUCUUGAUCAUCGCCAUGGUUUUGGGUCAACCGGUCAAGAAUCUGCCCAAAGCGGUUCAAUUUGACUUGGAAUCUGUUUGGAAUUACGUUUUUGGCACAAGUGCCACAGAAUCCAGUUACUCGGAUAUUGCCGAUAAGAUUAAUCUUAGUGCCGAUGCCAUGAUCACCAUCCUAUGCAUGGUACGGACAAUGCUGAACUGUGAGACAGAACAUCGUGAAAAGCUGCCCAAUUGGCUGAAAGAGUAUCCGGUGACCUUGACUCAAUUCCUUUUCUACUUGUACCACAACGUGGUUGAUUUCAUGCCAGCCUUCAUGACGGAGGAGGUGUUAGCAGCACUCGCUGGAACUUUGUUUCCAACCUUGUCAGAGAACUCUUCAGCAAAGUUGGCACAACAGACUUCAUCCUCGCCGAGCAAGACGCCCGUAAAGGGUUUGGCUGAAACUAAGGAAAGUGCAGAUGAAACCGAUACGGAUGGAUCACUUCCAAUGAUGACCAGUCAUCCUGCCAAACGGAACGUCAUGAAUUUCAUGCGAGUUCUCAUCGUGGAUUCGCUUUCCUUGGAAGUACCGCAAAAGAAGUCGCCGGUGAUCGACUUACUAUUGGAUGCACAACCGGAGAGUACGAGCCACGCUCAGCAAUGUCGCUUCCAAACAGAGCUUUUGGGUAUUGUGAUGGACCAUUUACUAGCCGCAGAUAUAUUAAUCGGAGAUCAGGCUGCCAUGCCGAUUGUCCCUGGUGGAAAUAUUCAGAAUGUCGCUCCGAAUGUGUUCUACCUGGCUAGCCGUCUGGUAGACAAGCUUUGGCAAGGAAUCUUUAAAAAAGAACCCGAUGAAGUUUUCCAGUUCAUCCUCAAACUCAUUUCUCAAGCCAAACGGCGUUCAGGCGCCGGUUCUCUCUCCCUUGAGGGCAUCUAUAGAUGCCUCAAUCGUACCAUCCUCUACAUGAUAUCGCGACCGCAUAACCAUGCCGAUGUGUCGGGUCAAAUUGGUGUGUUGGAAGUGCUUCACAAGAUUACCACUCAUCGCUCCAUUGUAUUUGGUGCCGGCAAUCACGAGCUGGAGUAUUUCGGUUGUCUAACAUUUUGUUUACUCCAAUUGACCGCCGGAUUGAAUAUUCCAAUUGAUCCUGAAAAUCGCACUCAUUGGCACGUGAAUCCCACGGAGGAUCCACUCAAGCCGGAUGAUUUGGAGAGCGAAUCUGGAGUCAACGCUCAUCAAGGAAAACAAUUGUUGAUCAACGCAGCCAACCGAGUCUGGGAAGAAAUGUUUGUUUGUAAAAGACCAGCAUUGGAAGAAGCCUUCAAGAGUUGUUCAUUUGGCACUCAGAAUUCAACUCCUCCUUUGGAAAGUCUUCGAGAUCAAUUGUGGGAAUCAGCCACUAAAACGUGGCACAACUACGUGUCGCUCGAGAGAAAAGCCCAGUAUUCUCGAUACCAAGCUUGGGAAUUCCACGCUCAACUUGAAUCAAGGAUCCAAAGGAUCACGGGUGGAUUUGCGGGAGGUUUAAAGCGACUCACCUCCGUGACGGGGGGUGGAAAUUCCAACAACAAACCAAAGAAAGAGGAACCCACCAAAGUGGAGUAUAGUAAUCUCCCCAAAGCUAUUGUGGAUCAAGCCACACUAAGUCACAUUAUUAUUGUCAGAGACGUUGUGGAACAACACUACAAGAACAGACUUCAAACCGGUCAACACAUGCUCAAGUAUGUGGAAGAGGAGUGGCUCCAAACUGAGGCCACCUUAACCCAGGAGCGAGGUCUCUGGGGCCCCUACAAUGAGAGCAGGUUGACCAAAUGGUCGUUGGAUAUGACCGAAGGACCAUCCAGAAUGCGCAAGCGCAUGAUACGUAAUGAUAUGUUCUACCUCCACUAUCCACAUCGUGAGUACCCAGAACAGGACGAGAACAAACCCCAUAAGUACAAGAAACCCACUAGUUUCGACAGCAAAUUGUGGCACGAACAGCACCAUCGACUCACGAUGUUCGAAAGGGAGUGUGAGCAGAUUGUAGAGAUGGAAUUCGACGACUGUGAUGUGACUGUACAAGACAAGACCUUGACAAUUGACGAGCAGAUCAAGAAAAUCGGCUUUCAAGGAUUGAAAUCAGCUAUCGACCAAGCGACCGUGGUCAAAUCUGGUGAUGACGAGACGAACAACCCGGACGAAGAUCCAGAUGGAGAGAUGCUGGAUGCCGAUGAGCCCGCUUCAAGUCCGCUUCCCACCAGACCCAUGAGUACAAGCAGUAUUGAUUCAACCUUGGGGCCUUCCCAAUUGGAAGCACCCACCAGCCCACCGGCCACUUCGCCCUCACCUCCCAACACAUCGGCACCUGUUGUAGAAGAAGACAGUUCGGACUAUCAAACCGUCAUGCGGCUUUUAGAGGAAGGGGAGAAGAUCACCCAUAUGUACAGAUGUUCCAGGAUUCAAGGUUUGGACACCGCCGAGGGUCUGCUAUUGUUUGGCAAAGAACAUUUCUACAUCCUUGACGGGUUUACCCUUGUCAAUGGACGAGAAGUCCAUGACAUCGAAUUUAUUCCGCCUAAUCGUUUUGAGCCCAUUAUUCCAGUGGUCCCAGGGCAAGUUUCAAAGUUUAAAACUAAACGCCAGGUCAACAAGUUUGCCUAUGAUGGCAUCAAAGAGGUUCAAAAGCGGCGAUAUCUUCUACAACCUAUUGCAGUGGAGGUGUUUAGUUCCGAUGGAAGAAAUUUUCUCCUGGCCUUUAUCAAGCAAAUUCGUUCCAAGGUCUAUCAAAGAUUUUUGGCCUUGGCGACUAGCAUCUCCGACCACGCCCACCUUUCGGUUGCCGGGCAGAAACGUUCUGCCAAUGUGGAACAAGGGAGUGGGUUACUUUCAACCUUGAUGGGAGAGACCUCGGUGACUCAACGAUGGAUUAGGGGCGAAAUCUCGAAUUUCCAAUACAUCAUGGCUCUCAACACUUUAGCUGGAAGAAGUUACAACGACCUGAUGCAAUACCCCGUGUUUCCUUGGGUCGUGGCCGACUAUUCGUCAGAGGAAUUGGACCUAUCGAACCCAGCCACGUUCAGGGACCUUUCGAAACCAAUGGGAGCACAGACAGCGAGUCGUUUGGAACAAUUCAAUCGCCGUUAUCACGAAUGGGAUGAUCCUCACUCAGACACCCCGCCCUACCACUACGGUACGCACUACUCUUCCGCCAUGAUAGUGUCUUCAUACUUGGUACGCUUGGAGCCAUUCGCCCAACAUUUUCUUCAUUUGCAAGGAGGUCAUUUUGAUUUGGCCGACCGAAUGUUCCACAGCGUGGAAGAGGCUUGGGAAUCGGCAUCCAAGAACAAUAUGGCUGAUUUACGAGAACUGAUUCCAGAAUUCUUCUAUCUGCCCGGUUUUCUGGAAAAUGCCAACAACUUUGACCUGGGGCAAAAGCAGAACGGCGAGAAACUCAAACACGUCGUUCUACCUCCUUGGGCCAAGGACAGCCCCGCAGAAUUCAUUCGGGUCCACAGGGAAGCCCUUGAAUCGGACUAUGUAUCUGCCCACCUUCACGAAUGGAUUGACCUGAUUUUUGGAUACAAGCAACAAGGUCAGCCUGCCAUUGAGGCCGUCAACGUCUUCCACCAUCUUUUCUACGAAGGCAAUGUGGACAUAUUCAGCAUUGAAGACCCUCUUCAAAGAAAUGCAACCAUUGGCUUCAUCAACAACUUUGGACAGAUCCCGAAGAAUCUGUUCAAAAAGCCUCAUCCUGCCAAGAAGGUCCUCUUGGACAAUGCCCCUGGGAUCCACAUGAACUCCAAGGUGUUUUUCCACCACUUGACCAAUCUCCGCCCCAGCAUGAGCCCCAUAAAAGAGCUCAAAGGGCCCGUGGGCCAGAUUCAAUGCGUCGACCGGCUCAUUUACGCCGUUGAGCAGAACAAGGUCCUCGUGCCUGGCAACUCCAACCGGUAUCUAGCCUGGGGUUACGCCGAUCAGAGUUUCCGUCUGGGCAAUUACGAAUCGGACAAGGCCGUCUUCAUCUGCGAGCCCAAUUACUUAAUCGGCCAAGUGCUCACCUGCGUGUGUCCGAAUUCCAAAGUAGUUCUAACAGCAGGCACGAGCUCUGUGGUGGCCGUCUACGAAUACCACAAGAAAGUCAAACAACUCCUCAUCAAAACAAUGCUAUAUGGACACACUGACGCUGUGACUUGUUUGGCGGCAAGUCCAAGUUGGAAUAUCGCCGUUUCCGGAUCCCGAGAUCGGACCGCCAUAAUCUGGGACUUGUCUCGCUAUUGUUACGUAAAACACCUUUCCGGUCAUUGCGGCCCGAUUGCUGCCGUCACGAUUAACGAACUCACGGGAGAAAUCGUUACGUGCGCGGGCUCGUGGAUUUAUUUGUGGGAUAUCAAUGGCCGCCUUCAAGCCUCAGUCAACAUGGCUGCAUCCAGCCCCUCUAGCCACAUGUCCCAGCAGAUUCUUUGCGUGUGUUGCUCACAGUUUAGUGAAUGGGAUCGGGAAAAUGUCAUCAUGACCGGCUCUUCAGACGGGGUGGUUCGAAUGUGGUCAGUUGAUUACAUUGAAAUCCCCGUGGGGGAAAAAUCCAAAACUCCGCCAGAGGAUUUGUCCGCUAAGGCCGAUGAUGAACCUUCAGAAGCAUCAGUGUCGAUCGCGAAUUUUGCCAAGAAAAUGUCCAUGAGCUUGUCAGGCGAUUGUCUCAGCUCUUUGCGUGAGGCCAUUGCUCAAACGAAACAUUCGGAGCAAUCGGAACCCUCGUCCGAUACAGAGGAAGGCGAUGACCUGGAGACCGAGGAUGACUUAGAGGACGAGAGCUCUCCGAAACCACCAACUGACUCACAAGCUCAACAAGGCUCCUCAAUCCCAUGCAUCCCUGUGAAUGAAGGUAAUCCAAUUCAAAGUGACCACUCGCCCACCGCAUCAGGAUCCCAACGGUUACAAGAGGCCAACAGGCAACCCAAUCCUGGGAUCUUUGUCACCAACGAAGACUUUGUGGUUGUCAAUGAGACAGAUUUAGACAAUUCGGCCGACCCAGCGGCUGGAGCCAAACACAAUAGCGAUGGUUACACAUGGAGUAGGAGACUUGUAUUCCGUGCCAAACUAACCAUGCAUACCGCCUUCGAACGGCCAGACAAUGUGGAUCCUGCAUCUGUAACGGCCUUGGCCGUGAGCAAGGAUCAUCGCUCGAUUUAUGUCGGGGACGAUAAAGGGCGCGUUUUCUCCUGGUCAGUCUCCAGCAAACCCGGUAAAGGAAUGGUGGACCAUUGGUGUAAGGAUGAAGGCUCGGAAUCGUGUGUGGGUUGUGGAGUCAAGUUUACCAUAUAUGAACGCCGCCAUCAUUGUCGAGCUUGCGGCAAGCUCUUUUGCUCUUCGUGUAGUCAAUAUCAGGCGAGCAUUCCUAAGAUGAAGAUUCUGCAGAAGGUUCGCGUGUGCAAACCUUGUUUUGAUCAAUUGAAAGCAUCACCCAACCAAUGAGUAUUUUACGAGCAUUUUCUUGACUACCUUCAUGAUCUAUUUCAUCACGAAUUGGACGUUUAUAAUUAUCAUCGUAUUUCUUGAUACAUUAGUUUUAGCUGUAGUAUGUUACGCUCUCUGUGAAGUUUUAAACACAUUUUAUUUCUAUAAAUUGCGAUCACUGUUGAGCUUAUUGUCCCGAUAUUCACGAAGUUGAACCUUCAGUAAAUGUUUUGCUGUCAUAAUACAAAAAUAUCUAGUCGUUGGA